UCCUUCAAUAUUUUGGCAAACUCAACCAAACUCCAAUAAUUAAUUACAAUACAAAGAAAACCCAUCAAAAUUUUGAUAAAAAGUUUUCUUCUUUUGGCCAUUGCUUGAUCUUUUGCCAACUCCAAAUCCAACCCACACCAUUCUCUUUCUUCAUCUCUAAGCAUCACCCACCAAAAAAAAAAAAAAAAACCCCCAAAAAUCCACAAUUAAUCUCUAUCUUAUAUGCUUAUCCACCCAAAAAAUGAGUAUCCCAUAAUUGUUCUUCCUAAGAUGGUGGAGAUUUCAAGAACCUCCAAGAAAAAAAGAUUCUUGAAGAAUUUGAAUAUCAUCAAUAAUCAUAGAAAUAAUAGCCUUAUAAUUUGCUUCAAAUCUUCCAAAUACCUUCUUCUUUGUUCUUGUUUUUCCUUCUAUUUCUUCACUUCUUUUCUCCUAACCUAUAAUAACCCAAAUCCAAAUUUGAUUCAUCAUCUCUCCAAUUCCAAACUUUUUCCCUCAAAGGCUCUAGCUGAAAAAUCCAAUUUUGAUUAUGGCCAUCCCAUUAAGGAUUUGAAAGUUUAUGUCUAUGAUUUGACGCCGGAUUUCAACGUCGAUUGGCUUUCCGAUGGCCGGUGCGGCAGCCAUUUGUUUGCUUCUGAGGUGGCCAUUCAUAGGGCCCUUUUGACUAGCCAUGUAAGGAGUUUGGAUCCUUAUGAAGCUGAUUUCUUCUUUGUUCCUGUUUAUGUUUCAUGUAAUUUUAGCUCCCUUAAUGGCUUUCCCGCUAUUGCUCAUGCUCCCUCUCUUUUGGCCUCCGCUGUUGACGUCAUCUCCAGUCAAUUCCCAUUUUGGAACCGUAGCCGUGGCUCCGACCACGUCUUUGUCGCUUCCCAUGACUUUGGUGCUUGUUUCCAUGCCAUGGAGGAUAUGGCUAUGGCGAACGGAAUACCUCAAUUCUUGAAGAACUCGAUCAUUUUGCAGACUUUUGGAGUUAAAUAUAAGCACCCAUGUCAAGAUGUUGAGAAUAUUUUAAUACCACCUUAUAUUGCACCGGAAUCCAUGGAAUCCGCCGUCGUUGACGGCCGCCGGAGAGACAUAUUCGUGUUUUUCCGGGGAAAAAUGGAGGUCAACCCCAAGAACGUCAGUGGUCGAUUCUACGGCAAGCGGGUUCGGACGGCGAUUUGGAAGAAAUUCCACCGUGACCGGCGGUUUUACCUCAGAAGGCAUCGGUUCGCCGGUUACUGGUCAGAGGUUGGCCGAUCUGUUUUCUGUUUGUGCCCUUUAGGAUGGGCCCCGUGGAGUCCGAGGUUGGUUGAAUCAGUUGCACUUGGUUGCGUGCCGGUCAUCAUAGCCGACGGCAUCCGGUUGCCAUUUUCUGCCGCCGUGGACUGGCCGGGAAUAUCGUUGACUGUGGCGGAAAAAGACGUCGGAAAAUUGGGGAAAAUUCUCGAACGUGUGGCGGCGACCAAUCUCACCGCCAUUCAAAACAACCUGUGGGACCCCAAGAAUCGGCGGGCCCUACUGUUCCACAAUCCCAUCCAACCACAAGACGCCACGUGGCAAGUCAUUGACGCCCUGGCGAAGAAGUUGGACAGGUCGUUUAGGAGUUCAAGGGUUCUUAACCAAUAGGAGGACGACACGUAGGAUGUCAGAUAGAUUUUUUGUUGGUCAUAAAAUAUUUUUGUUCACGGGACAGGUGGUCGAUUUUGAUUGGGCAGGUGACACGUGGCAACUCGUAAUGUUUGGUUGAGUCAAGAGUGGUAGUUGGAAAUCGGUUAGUAACUUUAGAGAAAUAGUUAGUUAAAAUUUAAAAUGGGAUAGUGACCUCCAACCCCAUAGGGAAAAAACCACAAUUUCAUAAAUGUAAAUGUUUGUACAAAGUCUAAAACUCUGAGUCGGGUUUGAAUCGUAGAUAUUUAUUUCAUAGAUAUGAAUAUUAAAUAUGAGAAUUUUCAAAAA